UGAACUUACGUUGUGAUUGUUUAGGAGUCACGGGAGAUGUUUUUUUUUAAGCAGCUCCGAUAAAGGCGGCUUCAUUUGUGGAACCAGGAUGGAAGUUACUCGGCGAAAUGUGAACUUUUCGCCGCUGCUCGUCGUCUUGUUCGCGGCGUGCACGCACGGCGUCUUCAUCGAGCCUCUCCGGGCCGUCACGUCUCAGCGCUCGCUGGCCGAGAGCGCCACUCGGCUGCCGUGUCGCUACCGGGGUGCCGUGGACGAGAAGGUGGUGCAGGUGACUUGGUACAAGGAGCUGCGUGACGGCACCAAGGACCAGAUCAUCACCGCCCACUUCACGGAAGGACACACGGAGUUCGGACGCUACGCGGGUCGCGUGAGGUUCGAGAGCGACAACCCCAUCGCCAACUCGGCUCUCCUCGUCCCCAACACGGAGGAAUCUGACGACGGCACGUACACCUGCCACAUCUCCACGUUCCCCAACGGAAACUUCGAGAGGCGCAUCACGCUGACCGUGUGGGUCCUUCCCAUCUCUUCGCUGGAGCCGGCGGUGCUGGUGGAGGGCCAGUCGUUCCGCGUGGCCGCAUCGUGUCGCGCCGUGGGCCGCCCGCUGCCCACCCUCUCCUGGGAAACCACCGUGCCGGGCCAGGCCCAGAACCGCACCAGCGAGGGGGGCUCGGUCUCCAGCUACUUCUCGCUGCACCCGCUGCGCAGCAUGAACGGCAAGCGGCUGGACUGCUUGGUGCGCCACGCCGGCCUGGAGCGCCCGCGGAGGAUUGCUAACCAGCUGGUGGUGCACUAUCCCCCAGACGCCACCAUCACCGCCGCGACGGACAACUGGUUCUCGGGUCUCGACCAGGCGGCGCUCACCUGCAAUGCCGGCGGCUUCCCCGCGCCCCAAAACAUCUCCUGGACAUGGAGGGGCGGGGCUCUGCCGGACGGCGUCACGGCGUCAGGAGCGCGUCUGACGUUCGACCGAGGCUUGCGUCUGGACGACAGCGGCCUAUACCAGUGCGCUGUCCGCAACGAAGUGGGCGUGGCCAAGGCUGACUACUUGAUGACUGUGACCGCCUCUUUCCUCGCAGAGAAAUCUCAGCGCAAGGAGUUGCUGGCAUCCGACUCGUCCACCCUGAUCAUCAUCAUCGGCGCCUCGGCCGCGGCCGCCGUCCUGGUCAUGGCCGUCGUCGUCCUGCUGCUCGUGCGCCACCACAGACGCCGUAACAAAAAGCUGGAGAGGCAGCUUAGCGUCAAAAUGGAGGAAGUCAACACUUUGACCCGGCAGGCUUCCUUUAGGAGGCUCAACUCUGUCGGCUCUGACCCACGAGCACAGUCUGAAGACUAUGCUCUGCUCAGAUCAGACAGCCGCAUGAAAACCAGCCAAGUGUCUCUGGAGCGGCCCAUCUACAAAGGCAGCCAGUCCACUCUGGGCGGCAGGUGGGCGCCCCUGGGGGGUUCGGAGGGGCCGGGCCGCCCCGUCGCCUGGCACGACGAAAGUGACAAUGGCAGGGUGGGAGUGACCGACUUGGAGACAGAUGACCCCAGGGGGAGGGCCAACUCAUACCGGAAGAGCAGCAACAUGUCGCUGGUACUGGAUUCUGGUCUUCCAUCGUCUCUGCUUCCUUUGAAAGUUCCUUCGGACGACGUCGUGGGACCGAGAGACACGUCGGACGUUGGCGAAAUCUCCGUGCCCCCGCCGGAAGAGAAUUGGUGUCCCCCGCCGGCACCCCCCGCGGGCGGGCCGGAAGACGAAGAGGAUGGCUGCGAAUCUUACCAACUGUCCCAAGCGCUCACCAAUCACUUCUACUACAGCAAUGGCGUGCUCCGGCCACGGCCGCACGCCAACGCCAUCCUGCUGCACCCCCAUGGUCAGGUCAUAUAGACAAGUUAGGCCAUUGUCACCCUGCGCCUUUUGUACGCAAAUGACCCAGUGAAGGCGGGAUAUUGGCACUUUCACAAAGUAACACAAGAUCCCGCAGUCAGAUCAUUAUCGCCAACAAGACAUGAACUUUGACCCAGAACUAGGAACUUUAGAAGGACCACAAUGUUUAAAUUUUGCUCUGGGGUCAUUUAUUGGGGCCAAAACAAGGCCCUGCUAGAUGGGGUAGUAAAUUGUAGAGGUCCAGAAACCUUAGGAAAAAUUGCUGUGACAGAAAGUUUUUUCCACCAGAUGAACUUCACCCUAGAACCUUUGGAGGACUAUUGUGAACUAUUCUGUAAAUUUUGUUCCAGUCAAUUAUUAUGGUACAAAAAGGUACUUUCGAGAGGUGCAAGGACCAGGAAAAUUGCUGCAUCAGAGCCAUAACAGAAGAUACUCAUUUCCACCAUAGGAAUGUUACCCUAGAACUAGGAACUUUUGGAGGACCAUUCUAUGUUUGGAGCUAGUGUCUAAAUUGAGUUCAAGUGUAAUUUAUCAGGGCCAAAAGAGCCUGCAAAAUGGGGUAGUACUUUCGAAAGGUCCAGGAACUUUUUGAAAAUUGAUGCAUCAAAGCUGUAACACAAGAUCUACCAUUUCCACCGUAGGACCUUCGCCGUGGAACUUUUGGAGGACCAUUGUGAUCUAUUGUGUAAAUUUACUUCCAGUGUAAUUUAUCAGGCCAAAAAAAACCUACUAGUUUUGAGAGGUCUAGAAAAAUUGCAGUGACAGAAGAUCUGGCAUUUCCACAGCAGAAACAUUACCUCGGAACUAAUACCUUUUGGAGGACCAUUGUGUGAUUGCACUGCAGGAACUAUUCAAUUAUUUUAGUCUUGGGAUCAUUUAUUCGGCCAAAAAAAGACCCUGCCAGGUGGGAUUGUAGUUUUGAGAGGUCCAGAAACCUUUGGAAAAUUGCCAUGACAGAAGAUCCGCCAUUUGCACCGGAAUAAUUUUUCUUCUCUAACUCUGAACUUUUGGUGGACCAUUGUGAACUAUUCUGUAAAUUUCGUUCCAGGGUCAUUUAUCAAGUCACAAAAAGCUUGAUGUUGUUGUAGUUUCAAGAGAUUUAGCAAUCUUUGGAAAACUGCCGUAACAGAAGACCUGCCAUUUCCACUAUAGGAAGAUUACCACCGGAACGAGAGAGUUUUGGAGGACCAUUUAUUGGUUGCACUUACAGGAGCUUGUGUAUGAAUUCAGUUCUAUGAUCAUUUAUCGUGGCCCAAAAACAAAAGGGUAGUCACCCCGUUCAAGGAACUUAUUUUAUUGGAACCUUUUAGUUCCAGGACCUGCAACUACCAAUAACUAAAGGUUCCUAGAACUUGUGUGUGACGUAGAAAAUAAUUGCCGUACAGUUGCCUUCAACACAACAGGACGUGAAAAGUGACAGGCGUUAGCCCGAUACUACCUUGAAAGCCGGCAAAUUUGCGGAUCGACUUUAAAACCCUAUUACGUAUCAGUACCUUUCACUUUUGUAUUAUUAAUAGUUGAACCUGUAAAAUUCCACAUUUACUGUUUACACCGUUUCUGAGCUACGUGUAUGAAAUGCAGAUGGCGGCAGGGUCAAAUGCAGACACGGCCAAACCUUAUGUUUUAUAGCACAGUGUUGAUACUAUUGAUUGUGUUGCGUUCAACAACUUGAACUGUUUACUUGUAAAUGUUUAUUCAUCAAAGCACAGCAUCAGCAAUUUAAAAACAUUCUUGUAUUGUGA